AUGGAUGAUUCAGAGUGUUCUUCAUACAAGAAGAAGAGUUUCUACGUGAUAGAGGACUGGGCCUCCCUGCGGACGGAGUGUCACUUUUGCAAGGGCAUGAAAAAAUUCGGAGGCCCUGGGCGCAUGAAGCAGAGCUGCAUCAUGCGGCAGUGCAUCACGCCAGUGCUGCCCCACACCGCCAUGUGCCUUGUGUGUGGCGAGGCAGGGAAGGAGGACACAGUGGAAGAGGAAGAAGGCAAGUUUAACCUCAUGCUUAUAGAGUGCUCCAUCUGCAACGAGAUCGUACACCCUGAAUGCCUUAAGAUUAAGGAAUCAGAGGGUGUGGUAAACGAUGAGCUUCCCAAUUGCUGGGAGUGUCCGAAUUGUAACCACGCUGGCAAGACCUGGAAACAAAAGCGUGGCUCUGGCUUUAAGGAGCAGAAGAUGAACCAGGACAACAAGGAAGGGCCUGCCAAGAGGAAGAGUGAGUGUGAAGAGGCUCCCCGACGCAGGUCAGAUGAGCACCCUAAAAAGGUGCCUGCAGAUAGGAUCCUACACCGAAAGUCUGAUGAUGUGCACCUAAGGAAGAAACGGAAAUAUGAGAAGCCCCAAGAACUGAAUGGACGCAAGCGAGCCUCGACGCUUCAAAAGUCCCCCGGUUCUUCCUCUCACCUCUCGCCAAGGCCCCGUCUAGGCAGCGGUCUCAGCCCUUGGUGGAGAUCCAGUCUCACUUACUUCCAGCAGCAGCUAAAACCUGGCAAAGAAGAUAAGCUUUUCAGGAAAAAGCGGCGGUCCUGGAAGAACGCUGAGGAUCGGUUGGCACUGGCCAACAAACCCCUUCGGCGCUUCAAGCAGGAACCAGAGGAUGAUCUGCCUGAGGCACCUCCUAAGGCCCGGGAGAGUGACUAGUCACAUUCCAGCUCACCCACUGCUGGGCCCAGCACUAAAGGUACUGAAGGCCCAGAAGAGAAGAAAAAGGAGAAGAUGCGCGGGAAACGAAGGCUUCCCAACAAGGAGCUGAGCAAAGAGCUAAGCAAGGAGCUCAACUACGAGAUCCAAAAGAAAGAGAGUACGUUGGCAAACGAGACCCACCAGCCCAUCAAGUCAGAGCCCGAAAGUGAGAACGAGGAGCCAAAGAGGCCCCUAAGCCACUGCGAGCGCCCCCACCGCUUCAGCAAAGGGCUCAAUGGCACCCCUCGGGAGCUACUACACCCACUGGGACCUGGCCUGCUCAGCCCACCUCGUGUUAAGUCCCGGUCCCCACCCUCUGCGUCCCCACCUAAGUGCAUCCAAAUGGAGCGUCUUGUGAUCCGGCCGCCACCCAUCAGCCCUCCACCUGACUCGCUGCCCCUUGAUGAUGGAGCAGCCCAUGUCAUGCACAGGGAGGUGUGGAUGGCAGUCUUCAGCUACCUCAGCAUUGUUGAAGAACUGAUUGAUGCCUGGGGUACAUGGGAGAGCAGGUCUUGUAAUCAUAAAAGAGAGAGUGCCGGUUCCCUGAGGGCCUGCGAGGCGUGCGGCGGCCAUGGCUCCCUCACCUUGCAGGAGCCAAGACCUAGCCAGGCCGAGGAAGACGACUAUGACUAUGAAUCGGAGCCCGACCAGAACCGGGUGGUGGGUCGGCCUAAGGGCAAGUUGGGCCCAGCCUCAGCGGUGAAGUUGGCUGCCAACCGAACAACAGCAGGAACUCCCAGGCGCCAGACGCGAUGCCGCAAGUGCAAGGCCUCCCUGCGGACGGAGUGUCACUUUUGCAAGGGCAUGAAAAAAUUCGGAGGCCCUGGGCGCAUGAAGCAGAGCUGCAUCAUGCGCCUGAUGCUGAGUGGCAUCAUCCGGCGACAGCCUGUCUCCCUUGAACUCAGCUGGACCAAUAUCUCCAAGAAGCAACUGAGUUGGCUCAUCAACCUGCCUGGUGCUGUCAGCUCAUGGAUUGCUGACUCAGCCCUCUGUAGCUCCAGUUGUUCAUUGUUCCAACAGUGGGUAGAAGGACUAAAGGAUGCCCAGAUGCGGGAUCUCUUGUCCCCACCCACAGACAACAGGCCAGGUCAGAUGGACAAUCGGAGCAAGCUCCGGAACAUUGUAGAACUGAGCCUCGCUGGCCUGGACAUCACAGAUGCCUCCGUGCGGCUCAUUAUCUGCCAUAUGCCCCUGCUCUCCGAGCUCCAUCUCAGUUACUGUAACCACGUCACUCACCAUUCCAUCAACCUGCUCACCAAAGUUGGCACUACCACUCAAGACUCUCUGACAGAGAUAAACCUAUCAGACUGCAAUAAGGUCACUGACCAGUGCGUGUCCUUCUUCAAAUGCUGUGGAAAUAUUUGUCAUAUUGACUUGAGGUACUUCAAGCAAGUCACCAAGGAAGGCUGUGAGCAGUUCAUAGCUGAAAUGCCUGUGAGUGUUCAAUUUGGGCAAGUUGAAGAGAAACUUCUUCAGAAACUAAGUUAG